GGGUGACCGUCACGUGACCUGGCGAGGCGGCGGUACUGGGCUGAGGGAAUACCAUGGCCGUCCCUCUUUCCCCCACGCUGGUGCUGGGCGAGGCCUCGGAGAGCGACUCAGAGCCGGAGCCGGGGGGGAACACAGCCGGGACUCCCGCAGUGGGGCUGAAGGUUCCGGGGGAGGCGUCGGAGACCGAGGAGGAGGAGGAAGAGGACAGUGCGGCCCGGAUGCCGCUGCCAGGGGUGUCCAGGGGGGGCCCCUCACUGCUGCAGCAGCGGCUGGGGGCGGGCGAGGGGCGACUGCGGGGCGCAAUGGCUGAGGCACUGGGACGCAGUUUCAGUGGGGCUGCGCGGCUGCUGGAAGGUCUGGGGGGGCCCCUGGGCCACGCCCAAGCUGGGGCAGCUGCGACCGCGCACUGCCUGUGCCUGGUGCGCCGUGACCUGCGCGCUGUGGCUGCCACCGUAGCCACCAUCACCGCCUGUCACCUGCUGCCUGACAUCCGUGGGGAGCUGUGAGAGUGGGAAUGUCUGUGGGGGGGGGGGGGGCAGUGCUGGCAGCUGUGGGGAGCUCCUGGCGUUGUUGUUGCAGUGUCACUGACACUGACCUUCAGCACUGUGUCCAAUGGACUCGAGAGUUGUGGUUGUCACUGAUGACAUUCUCAUUGUCACUGCAUUGCCAGUGCUGUGUCCCCUUGAGCUGAUGCUGCCAUCAACAGCACUGCCGCUGAUCGCUCAGUGUCCCAGCGAUGUCCCUGUGUCACCUGGCCUGUGGGGACCUUGGCCUCACAGUGACGUUGUCAGUGAAUGGAAGCUCCUGACGAUUGAUUGAUGCAGAAUUCUGUAGUUUUGCCCUGUAUAGGGGAUCUGUGGGUUCUGGCACUGACUAAAGCCCUUUGGAGACAUAGCUGCAGCAAGGACACAGCUUUCACUAGGUGGGUGGCAGUGUGUUCACCCACGGCACUGUGGUCCCAGUGGUCUGAGCAAGGUCCCUUUUGUUGCCCCCCAUGUCCUUGGGCUGUGGUUGUGUCCUGUGCGUCCCUUCCUGCCAUAUGAAUGUCUCCAGCAUCUGGCCACUGUCCCCAAGCUGUGGCUAUGUCCUGUCACCCUAAGUGCCCCUUGGCCUUGUCCUUAGCUCUCUCCUACCUCUGUGUACCCCUCUGAGAACUUCAGCCAGGGACAGGGAGAAGUACAUACGAAUCUCACACCACGGAGCCACAUGGGUCUGUCACGCUGCAUCCUGCCUGGGCUGUCACGUCCUGUGGGACACCAGGGGAUACACCCUGGGUGCUAGUGGGCUUGUGGCACCAAAAUGCCCGGGGCCUGAUGAGGGUCCUGGGGGCUCCUGGCGUCUCCAGAAGGGUCCCAACUGUCCCCAGGGACUGACCUGAGGGGUAGUGGAAAACCAGGAUGAAGGUUCACUUUCCCCAUUCCCCUGUGUUGUGGCAAAGGGGAAAGGUUUUGUGAAGAGCACAGUGGUGUUGGAUUCUGUUCAUAAAGAUUCUAGACCUCGGUUCCCUUCCCGUAUCCAAAUUAGAAUGAAAGAUAGUAUUAACAAUUCAUCUUUUGAGGAAGAACCUCUGAGCACUUGUAACUGGCAGUGCUUUGAUAUUCUAGGUAACCUGUUCCAUAAGGAGUGCUGGGUGAUGCUGGCUGAUACUGUCAAUUGUGAGCAUGCUCCACAGAAAGUUUCCCUCUGUGGGAGUGAGGAAACAAAAUGUGGUGAUUCAGUACUGUGGGGUUAUUAUGGGGUUACUAGAGUCUAGGAUUCUAGAGUCUGAGGAUUCUAUGAAUUGAUUAUUGGAGGAUUCUAUGAGGAUGCUAUGAGGAUACCAGCUCCUGUGAUUAUAAGUUCUGUUAUUUCAGAUUCUGUGAUCGUUUCAUGAUUCUAGAUUCCUUGACUCUGUGAUGAUUCUGGGCUUCAGUUGUGUGGUGAUUCUGAUUCCUCACUAAGAGUAUAGAUUCCCAGACUUGUAGCUACGCAAUACGAUGCGUUUCCAUCUCCACUCCUGUGCAUAGUGUGUGGCAUAGUUCUGAGUGCCUGACACAGCCCAAGCAAAAUCAAUUUCUGUAGGUUAUUACUAAAUAAAAAAAUAAAUCAAUAAAUUUCUUGCUUUAGUUUCUGCUCCCUGAUCCAUUUAUUUAUGUUCUCCCUUGCUUCAUAUGUAACUUCCAAACUUGGCAUUUUGCAGAUAAUACCUUUUCCCCCUUUCGUCCUUUGGUGGCCCCUAAUGGUCUCUUCUUUCUCAGUUAGAACAGUUGUCAUGAGCCUAUUCAUAUAGGAAUUUGGGACUGGAGUUCACUCCGUGACUCUUAUCAUAGUUGAUGUCCCUAGUUGCUAUCGUGCAGACUUCACCAAUUUAUAACAGAUGGAUACAGCUACGAUAUACACUCCUAAGAGGGAAGCAGGAAUGUAUAUUUAUUGAUGUAAUGUAGAUAUGCUGUAGUGAUAUGACAGUGACUUAACAAGACUGGAGAUGGCUGGAUACACUUGGUUAUUUUCCACAUAGAGGGCAGGAUUAAACACACACCUACAGGACGCUCUCCUGCUGUGUCAUGAGGAUCAGAGCAGGCCCCGUUGCUGUCUGAACUCUUCAAACCACAGAGGUAAGGAUCCUCAGCACAGCUGGAUCCACUCCUUGUCCCAGACGCGUUCAAGAGUUUGUGUCUAAGGGAUCCUAUGUGCACAAUCAAAGAUAUAACCGUAGUGGAGCUAACAAAGCCCACCCAAACUACUAGUCACUUACUGAGGAUCCGUAUCAACAAGGUGUCUUGACAUCAAGGUGGAAAGGAUCUCUGUGCAGGUGUAACCUCAAGAGGCAUGCCUGCUCAAGGGGAGAGCUGUUCCUCUGUGCAGGAGAGCUCAAGAGGUGCUUGUGCUGCUGUCUAUUUUGGUGGUAAGAUGAUUGACUCAUUGCCGUACUUUAUUUUUAGGCAUAUGCUCAAUUGGCCCUCAGAUGUUGAGCCAGAGGCCUGCUGUCAGUUCUUUCAGCCUCCCAGCUUGAGGCAGUUUUGUGAUCUUUAGUCUGGUUUAGCUAGGAGUGUUGCUCACUGUCUUCCUGUGCAAGGCUGAGGGAGGAAGGUGGGAGAAAGGAAGAAAGGGGGAGGGGGGAGCACACCAUCACACUGGCUUUGCUGGGAAGGAAGGCUGGUAAGAGCAGGUCUGCUGGUCUGAGUCCCAGCCUGCUUUUACCCCCAGGAAAUGCCCUGCAGGUGGGCUGGCGAGGGUGGGGGUUGGGCAGGAAUUGCUGCAUUUCCUCCCACAUCUCCUGCCAUUUCUCUUGUCCCAGCAGGCUCCAGUUUAACAUGUGCCUGCAGCCUGCAGCAGAGCAGCACAUGGCCACUGCAUGUCCAUCUUAGGCAGGGGCUGGGGGAAGCAGCCAGGAGAGGGCAAGGGGCAAGAGAUGGGAGUGCGGGGGGAGAGUGUCCUUCAGUGUCCUUCAGCCAGCAUUUGUGUGCUGGGAACAGAGAAGCUGCUGGGACUGGAGUUUCUCUCCUCUCCAAGCUGCUUCCCUGGGCUUUGGCUGUGCCCAGAAAGGAGCACUUGCAGGAGCCCGUGGCCUUUGCAGAGGUGGCCAUGUAUUUCAGCAGGGAGGAGUGGGCAUUGCUGGACUCUGCGCAGUGUGUGUGCUGUACUGAGGUGUGAUGCUGGAGACUAGCAGUGCGUGGCCUCGUUAGGUGAGGGCUUUGCUGGUGCUCCUUCUUAUUAGAGCACCUCUGGCUGUGCAGAAUGAGCCUCUGCAAGCAGGACGUAGAAUAAAUGCAGUGGGGUUACUUAUUGACCAGUGCAACAGCAACGAAAGAAACCUAUACUUUUCUGCUGUUUAUUUCCCAUAAACGUUGUUGAAGCCUUGGUAAACAAAACAUCCUAAAGGGAACGUUGAAGAAAAUGUCCCUGCAUCAUUUUCAGAGAUGUAAAAGGUGUGCUGGGCUCCAAAGGGAGUCGGUAUGUAUUGGGCCGGUGUCAUUCAGAAUUAAAACAGGGACAUGCUGACAUGCACCAGAGUGGGCUCAUGCUUGACAUCUUGUAAACAGGGUUGAAAAGAAACCUCAAAAUAAACACACGUCUACAAAAGCUGCCCUCCCCUCCAAAAUCAGCACAUUUUGCACAGCCAGAGGUACCUUCCCGGUCUUCUGUCUGUUGGCAGUUUUACUUCAUCUGUUUUUUCUUCAGAUCACAGCAGUGUGAGUCUGACUGCGUCAGCGGAAGAGCUGCCUUCAUGGAGGUGCAGGUGCAGUCGGCCGUUGUGGAAUUCAUCCUGAACCACACUCUUCCACUCCAAAUCCAGCCCAGUCAUUGGAGAUGGAGGAGCAAGCACAGUGUAUUUGGAUGCUCUGCUUCCAAAAGUGCAACAGCUUCUGGAGACCCAGGUGGGACCCCACAGGUGACGGUCCUCUCGGCACCAAGUGUCCAGUUGCCAGCAGCAGGCUUGGAAGCACGCUACGUGUGGGAAAUAUACUUGGUGCAGGAAAGGGGAUGUCCUUAGCCAAGGCGCUGGAAAACUGAAGGAAAACAGAUGAAACUGCAGAUCUAUCAACAAAAACCCGCUCUAUGAUUCUGCGUUUCUAUGACGUAAGCACCGGCCCCACGCAGCCCUGGUGCAGCACAUCACAAGAGCAGCAGCCCGCGGGGAGCCGCCACCCGGAAUCUCGGAGCCGUGAGGUCACAAUGCCCCGUCCAAUGGCUGUGCGGUGCUGUGCCGUGAGCUCACAAGGCCUGGCUGCGACGCUGUCCUGUGCCGCAGGCUUUGCUCUGUGCGACGCUCACUGUGGCUGCAGCGGUGGUGUUGGAAGCAUGGUGCGAGUGUGGGGGGCCAUGGCCCCUGCCCGCUUUGUCCUCUUCCUCCUACUGAUGGCCAUGUGUUUCCGGGAGACCUGUGCUGCUCCGUGGCGAGCACCGGGAGCAGGAGAUGAACUUGGUGCUCCCUUUCCGGAUGAUCGUUUGGAUCCGGAUUUUGUGCCUGUGCCUCUGGGACAACCCAGAGGCCCUGCUGGUGAAUCAGCAGAACAGAACCCUGCCUCUGAGCCUGAAGGGGAUGCUGGAGAUGUGACUGGAGGAGGUGAUCCAGGUUCCGCUCUGAGCUCUGGGACUGAAACUCCGGCAGAUCGCAUGGGAGUGCCCCCAGGGAGGGCUUUGCCCGGUCAUGUGUUUCCUCCUGCGCUGGAGCCCAGCUGGAAUCCCAGAGGUCCGGAAAAAGGAAAGGAUGAAUCCAAAAGAGGAAAAUACUCCCAGGGCUCAUCCCGUCUCCUCAAGGAACUGGUGAAGGAAAUGGAGAAGGCAGCGCGUGGAACUGACCAACAAAGUGAGCAGGAUGCACUGCAGGAAGAAGGCAGCCAUCCCACACUGCCAGUCUCGGGCAGAGGAACGCAGGCAGCGCCAACAACUGUCAUGCCAGGGAUGAAUGCCGGGAUGAGCACAAAGGCUGCUGUUGGCAGAUCUGCGCGAAGGCGCCACAUCGCAGCGAUGGUACUGUUCUCAGCUGUGCUGCUGUCUGCGCUGGUGCUGGCCUGUGGUGCUGUGAUAUGGAUGUGCCAAAAAUACGUAGUGUGCAAGAGAGAAGAGAGAGCAGCAGAGCAGGCUCAUCCUGAUACCAACUAGGAGAGAGUUCCAACUGGAGACGAGGGCAGAACGGAGCUGGGAGAGGCAGCCGAAGAGACUCUUGCCCCAUCAAAGAAGAAUCUCAGCCAUCGUCCCAGUGCAUUCCAUUCUGCCAUCCAAGAGGCCAAAGGUCUUCAAAGUCAUCUGGAAGACUUGGAGCUUGAACUCAAAGCCGUGAAAGAGGUCCACGGGAACAGUCCUGAGUGCUGCUUUCUGUCAGGGGACGGCCCUGAAAGUGAGAGCGGAGAACCAGCAGCAGAGCUUUUGUCCUUCACCCUGCAUUCUCUGGGACAAGCAUCAGCAACAUUUCAAAGAAUCUUAGCUCGGCAUAGCUACAAUCCUGUUGAGGGUCCUAAUGAGGAGCCAGAAAGCGAGCUUCCUCUGACCGCUGGACAACACCUUAACGUCUUUGGAGCUGUGGAUGAGAAUGGCUGGUUUCAGGGAGAGCUGACAGAUGGCACAAGAGGACUGGUCCCAUCCAAUUUGGUUGCGGAGGUUUCAGAUGACGAACUGGAUACAACGAUGCCUCCGGAGCUCUGUGCUCUCCUGCUGGAUACUUGAUGAAUAAGUGGAUGCAGAGAUUCCAUCAUGCAGCAACAUCCUGUCAAAAUUCCUGCGUUACUCCAUCUGCAAGACUACCCCCUGCUCCACUUGAUGUUCAGGUGGAGUGUGUGCAGGACGUGGAUGAGCUCCUUUGGGAACACUCUGAGGUGACUGACAGUGUAACUGCAUAGUCUUGUGGUAUAUUAAACAAACAAACAAAAAAACACCACCCACAAUAAAACAAACAACCAACCAACCCAAAAAGCGCCGCUCUUUUUCUUGGAUACACUGAGGUGAUCCUUUUUCUAGCUGAGACUUUGCAAUGAGUCUUGAAGCAGAUUUGAGCCGGUAGAAGUUGGCAGUGUCUGCAUUCCGUUCUCCUGAUUUCCUUGCUGGUCAGAGUUAAGGUGCCAUGCAUCCAUUCCCCAGCCCUAGCUGUCUCCUGAAUCAUGAGAACAGCCUUUCCAUAUUGUGGAAAGAACUGGAGUGGAUUCACGCUGAAGGACAAGAUGCUUGCAGACACGUAAGCUCAAGAAGAGAAUGCAGAGUCCACGGAAACUCGCUGCCAAACAACGAUGAGAAAGUAGAAUAGGCUCCUGUUGUUGAAGAUGGGAUGGUGAAACAGAUGUCUCAGCUCAACACAACGCCAGUAGGAGCUGGUUCGGGCUACCCCCCCUUAAAAGGUCAGAAGUUCACAGCGAGGUAGACUACGAGCCUUCAUCCACUGACCGCCAGAGACCCCCACCACAUUUUUAGGACGCGUGCUCAAGAGGGUGGGACAAUACGUUAAUAGUUUCUCAGAAUUCCAGCCCAUUUUUGUGGAACGUAAUGAAUAUGUGGAUGUUAUGUCUGUAAGUAUGUAACCAGUGCUUUUCUCUGUGUGCGAGUUAGGAGGAGAUAUCCCCCCCCGCACCCGGCGCCGUAAUGAGCGUACCUGCUUUGUAACCUUACGUGGGUUCCAGAGUUUGAUUCCACACGUCACUCCCUUCACUAUUAAGAGGACAAAGAACUUCUGGCACAGAAGGAUGCCCACCUGCAAGGCUCAAAUUGCACGCUGCUUCCUUCCUCUCUGCUCAGUAAAACUCUGUGUUGGGCUCAUUUGGAAGGAAGGUUUGGUGUUCUGACUUCCUGGACAGUUGUUACCUAAAGCCUGGAGUGCCUGUGUCAACUGUGGCGGUGCAACUGCCACACCUUCUCUCCCCCUUCUCUCAGGCCUCUCGGUGCACCACUUCUCCUGAGACAAAAGGCGGAGGACCGGUACGUGGAGGUACUCCUCCUCUUCCCUUGCCCCUGCUUGCCUCUGGGUAGCAAGGGGCAAUGAAUUGGAACAUUAGGGGAUGCCCUAGUUGUAUCUGACUCCUGCUUUGCGCCCCACUGCCCAGGAACAAUCCUGGGGGCAAUCGUCGUCUGACAGCCUGGGACGCGUGAACACGAAUCACGGCUCAGGUGGGGUAGCGUGGAAUCCGUGAGUCCAGCAAGUUCUGGGGUUUGCACAGCUGGUAGAAAGAACCAGAAGAUUUUGCCAUGCGAGGGGGCUGGUAUGGAAAAGUAGCCGGCAGAUCUCCAUCAUCUCAGACCCUAUAACUAGAGAUUCAAAGCGAGUGUUAAUCAAUAUCUGAAGGGAAGUGGGAGGAAAAUGGAUGAGGCCAGGCUCUUCUCGGUGGUGCGUAGCGGAGGACAAUGAGCAGUGGCCUAGAACUUGAGCACAGGAAGUUCCAUGCAAACAUGUGGAAGACCUUCUUUACGGUACUGCCAAAUCCUCGAGGCCCUCUACCAAUGAUAGUGUACCAAGGAUAGUCUACUGUGCUGUGAUCUUCAGGGACGUUUUCAACACAAGCCAUCCUAUUGUUCUGUGAUCUUCAAGGACACUUCCAGCGUACAAAAAUCCAGUGGUUCUGUGAUCUUCAGGGAGCCAUGCAACACAAACCAUUCCAGCGUUGUGUGAUUUUAGAAGCUGGACGUGAGCCAGCAGUGUGUGCUGGCAGCCUGGAAGGCCAAGUGUGUUCUGGGCUGCGUUAAGAAAGAGGUGGCCAGCAGGGAGAGGGAGGUGGUUGUCCCCCUCUACUCAGCUCUUGUGAGGCCCCAUCUGGAGUACUGCACCCAGGCGUGGGGCCCUGUAUGAGAACUGUUGAACUGCAACUCCACCUGUGUGACCGGAAGGGGUGGAGCCAGGCUCCACCUCUCCUAAACCCCAUUUAAGGGCUGACUGCCACGGAGGAAGGAUUGCUCUCUGAAGAUCACUCCUCUUGGAGCCCUUUUGGCGAGCCCAGCAUUCACCUCUAUUACUUUGUGCAACAGUCAGCCCCCCAGAAAGCACCAGACUCAACAUUGCUGAGGUAGCAAGGGCAGGGAAAGGGUCAGGGCAGCAAUGAGCUUAUGAUGGCCAAGGUUUGAUUGCCGACUGCUCUGUCACCGAGGUUCGCUGCUUCCCAUCUGUCCCUGCCCCGAGGAGGAGAGGCGGAGUCAGGGCGUGUGAACCGCGGGGCCGUUCGGGCGAGGUGAUACGGAAGACUGAGAAAGCAAAAAAUCAUUCUGCCCUUGCUCCUGACCCUUGUCCCUGCCUCCACCUGCCCUCAGCGUACGGCCAGGAGAGGAGGGGCACUCAGCAGCAUGAUGGGAGCCCUUCAUAUUCUCCUCAGCUCCUGACCUUCCAGCUCUGCAGAGACAUUUCGUAUCUCAGUGAUAGUCUGUGGCCCCCACAGCCCCCCAGACCCGACCCCAAAGGCCUGCUGCCUCUCUCUCCCCCCCGACCCACACAGAUGGGCCUGGUGGGCACUGUCAGUGCUGGGAGCCCAGGAGCAGGCACAGGCAGCCUGGCCGGGCUGGGAUCUGCGCUGCUCUGACAGGAGCUCUGUGCUAAUGUCAUGCUGCACAGCAUUCCAGGGACCAGAAGCUGCAUCUCGCGCAGCGGUGAGUGAUGGCAGCGCUGUGUGCGCCCUCCAGGGGGGCCCGGGACAGGCUUGAAAAGCAGCACCGCGUGAACCAGAUGAGGUGCAACACGGCCACGCGCGAGGUGCUGCACUCGGGCCGCCGUAAUCCCGCAAAGGUGCUGGGAGGGCCGGAGCGCCUCACCGACAGGAAGGGCUGAGGGAGUUGGGCUCGUGCGGCCUGGAGAAGGCUCUGGGGAGACCUCACUGCGGCCUUCACGUGCCUGGAGGGAGCUCACAAACAGAAGGACAGCGACUCCUUACACGGCCUGACACCGGCAGUGCUGUCCCAACGGUGGAUUCGUCGCCCGGUCGCCCGCAAUAAGUCGGUCAUCACCGGGUAUUUAUAUCAAGAGUGCAGGCCCGGGUGCUCGUUGGUUUCCAUAGAAGGAAGAAAUAUUUCCCGAGGAGGGCCCCGGCACACGCCUGUCCCGAGGAGCGGUGCACACCGAGCGGCACAGCCGUACCGGACAAACCCGGCGCAGGCGCAGGCGCAGGCUCCGGCCCUGCGCGGCCCCCUGCACGCCCCGCCCCCCGCCUCUCCUAUUGGCCAGCCCUGCCCUGUUCGGCCAUCUCAUUGGCUUCUACUGCUGCCUGUUACAUGCAAGCUCCCUCCCCGAUCCUUCUUCCGGGAGAGCGCCGUCCUCCCCUUCGUCCCCGCAGAGCCAAUUGGCUACCCUGGCUGUCACUUAAAGCUUGGGAGGAGGGACGAUUGGACGAACGCGGCUGCCCGCUCUGCGCGUGCGCAGUCUGAGUGAGGGCAAGUCCGGGCAGCGGGCGCACGCAGGCGUGACGUCACUCGACGCGACGCGUAGCGUACCGGGUGACCGUCACGUGACCUGGCGAGGCGGCGGUACUGGGCUGAGGGAAUACCAUGGCCGUCCCUCUUUCCCCCACGCUGGUGCUGGGCGAGGCCUCGGAGAGCGACUCAGAGCCGGAGCCGGGGGGGAACACAGCCGGGACUCCCGCAGUGGGGCUGAAGGUUCCGGGGGAGGCGUCGGAGACCGAGGAGGAGGAGGAAGAGGACAGUGCGGCCCGGAUGCCGCUGCCAGGGGUGUCCAGGGGGGGCCCCUCACUGCUGCAGCAGCGGCUGGGGGCGGGCGAGGGGCGACUGCGGGGCGCAAUGGCUGAGGCACUGGGACGCAGUUUCAGUGGGGCUGCGCGGCUGCUGGAAGGUCUGGGGGGGCCCCUGGGCCACGCCCAAGCUGGGGCAGCUGCGACCGCGCACUGCCUGUGCCUGGUGCGCCGUGACCUGCGCGCUGUGGCUGCCACCGUAGCCACCAUCACCGCCUGUCACCUGCUGCCUGACAUCCGUGGGGAGCUGUGAGAGUGGGAAUGUCUGUGGGGGGGGGGGGGGCAGUGCUGGCAGCUGUGGGGAGCUCCUGGCGUUGUUGUUGCAGUGUCACUGACACUGACCUUCAGCACUGUGUCCAAUGGACUCGAGAGUUGUGGUUGUCACUGAUGACAUUCUCAUUGUCACUGCAUUGCCAGUGCUGUGUCCCCUUGAGCUGAUGCUGCCAUCAACAGCACUGCCGCUGAUCGCUCAGUGUCCCAGCGAUGUCCCUGUGUCACCUGGCCUGUGGGGACCUUGGCCUCACAGUGACGUUGUCAGUGAAUGGAAGCUCCUGACGAUUGAUUGAUGCAGAAUUCUGUAGUUUUGCCCUGUAUAGGGGAUCUGUGGGUUCUGGCACUGACUAAAGCCCUUUGGAGACAUAGCUGCAGCAAGGACACAGCUUUCACUAGGUGGGUGGCAGUGUGUUCACCCACGGCACUGUGGUCCCAGUGGUCUGAGCAAGGUCCCUUUUGUUGCCCCCCAUGUCCUUGGGCUGUGGUUGUGUCCUGUGCGUCCCUUCCUGCCAUAUGAAUGUCUCCAGCAUCUGGCCACUGUCCCCAAGCUGUGGCUAUGUCCUGUCACCCUAAGUGCCCCUUGGCCUUGUCCUUAGCUCUCUCCUACCUCUGUGUACCCCUCUGAGAACUUCAGCCAGGGACAGGGAGAAGUACAUACGAAUCUCACACCACGGAGCCACAUGGGUCUGUCACGCUGCAUCCUGCCUGGGCUGUCACGUCCUGUGGGACACCAGGGGAUACACCCUGGGUGCUAGUGGGCUUGUGGCACCAAAAUGCCCGGGGCCUGAUGAGGGUCCUGGGGGCUCCUGGCGUCUCCAGAAGGGUCCCAACUGUCCCCAGGGACUGACCUGAGGGGUAGUGGAAAACCAGGAUGAAGGUUCACUUUCCCCAUUCCCCUGUGUUGUGGCAAAGGGGAAAGGUUUUGUGAAGAGCACAGUGGUGUUGGAUUCUGUUCAUAAAGAUUCUAGACCUCGGUUCCCUUCCCGUAUCCAAAUUAGAAUGAAAGAUAGUAUUAACAAUUCAUCUUUUGAGGAAGAACCUCUGAGCACUUGUAACUGGCAGUGCUUUGAUAUUCUAGGUAACCUGUUCCAUAAGGAGUGCUGGGUGAUGCUGGCUGAUACUGUCAAUUGUGAGCAUGCUCCACAGAAAGUUUCCCUCUGUGGGAGUGAGGAAACAAAAUGUGGUGAUUCAGUACUGUGGGGUUAUUAUGGGGUUACUAGAGUCUAGGAUUCUAGAGUCUGAGGAUUCUAUGAAUUGAUUAUUGGAGGAUUCUAUGAGGAUGCUAUGAGGAUACCAGCUCCUGUGAUUAUAAGUUCUGUUAUUUCAGAUUCUGUGAUCGUUUCAUGAUUCUAGAUUCCUUGACUCUGUGAUGAUUCUGGGCUUCAGUUGUGUGGUGAUUCUGAUUCCUCACUAAGAGUAUAGAUUCCCAGACUUGUAGCUACGCAAUACGAUGCGUUUCCAUCUCCACUCCUGUGCAUAGUGUGUGGCAUAGUUCUGAGUGCCUGACACAGCCCAAGCAAAAUCAAUUUCUGUAGGUUAUUACUAAAUAAAAAAAUAAAUCAAUAAAUUUCUUGCUUUA